GCCCUCCAUGCUGACUCCGCCCCUCAAAAAUCGGAUGUGGAUGCGAGAAAAGGGCCAGCAACAAUGUGACAGACAACACAAGCGGUCCGCUGCGCUGCUCAGUAGUAGUGGAUCCGUGCACGGCGGAGCCAAACCGAGCCGCAUGCCCGCUGAGCAACAAGGCGAACCGGAGCAGCAAUGAACCGGCGGACAGCAGCAGCAGCAGCAUCCACGGAGGACCCACACGGCGUUUAGGUCCUGCUGUAUCCUGGAGGACACAUGGGCAGGAAGAAAUAGAAGCAUCCCUUCAGGUCCUCCAGCUGACCUUUGGCUCGUCCUGGCCCUGGGGCUCUGGUGUUGGUGGGCCAGCUGAUCUGGUGUAUGUGAGUGAGAGCUGAUGAAGUCCAGCAUGAGGCAGUGGCGGAGGCUGGUGCUUUUGGCAAUGCUAGCCUGGGUCCUUCUCUUCCUCGCCCUGCUCUCUUACUUCCUGGAUGCUCGUGUGGACGAGCCCCUGACCUCCGCUGGCUCUUUGCUCUCCCAGCACCCUGACACCCGCCGCCUGGCCUCCAUACAGGCCUCCCAUCAGCAGCACGCCAUCCUGGGCUCCAGACCUGAGCUGGCUUUGCCCUUAACCACGACAUACCCCAGAGAAAAGCCCGAGCUGGAGCCUUCCGCCGGCUCUACGACGCCAGAGACCAGCCUGGAGGUUAGCCACAGCCCUAACAGCGCUCCCUACGCCGUUUACGGGAGCCAGGAGGUGAGCCGGCAGGACUACCUGGACCCACAGAGCCUGGCUGCCUGGUCCUCCUUCGGUACAGAGAAUGUAGGUUCCCACUCAGACCCUGCAGUCCAGAGUCGUGAGAGAACCUCUCAGAACACAGAAUAUCAGAACCAUAUCGGUGGCACUCGUUACCAUGGUGGUGAGGAAGAGGAGGAUGAUGAGAGGGAAGAUGAAGAGCUGGGGAACAGAAUGAGGACUGCAGCAGACACGAGGGCCGGUGGAGACUCCUCCGAUCUGGAGGAAUAUUAUUUCUCUAAGUCGGCCUCGGUGGUGCAGCGGCUGUGGAGGGGCCGGGUGUCCGCCGACAUGCUGAGUCCUCGGCUGCAGCGCGCCAUGAAGGACUACCUGAGCGCCAACAAGCACCACGUUUUAUACAGCGGCCAUCGCAGGACCGCUCAGAGCGCCAAGGAGCUGCUGUGUCAGAUCAAAGCUCAGGCCCGGCUGAGGACGGUGGACGGGUCCGAGCAGCCCUUCUCCUCGCUGGGCUGGGCUCGUCUGGUGCCGUCCGUCCCCCUGGAGCAGCUGGACCAGAGCAGCUUCAAGACCUGCGCAGUGGUCACCUCUGCUGGAGCCAUCCUGCGCUCAGGACUGGGCAGAGAGAUCGACGCUCAUGAUGCAGUUCUACGCUUCAACGCUGCACCUACAGAGGGAUAUGAGAGAGACGUGGGGAACAAAACCACCAUACGCAUCAUUAACUCGCAGAUCCUGGCAAAUCCUAGGCAUCAGUUCAACACGAGCUCUAUCUACAAGAAUGUAACUCUGGUGGCCUGGGACCCUGCACCUUACACCAUCAACCUCAACAAGUGGUACGCCAGUCCAGACUACAACCUGUUUGGUCCGUACGUGGAGCACCGAAAGCUCCAUCCUGACCAGCCCUUCUACAUCCUCCACCCCAGCUAUGUGUGGCGACUCUGGGAUGUGAUCCAGAGCAACACUCAGGAGAACAUCCAGCCCAAUCCCCCGUCAUCUGGCUUCAUAGGUAUCCUCCUGAUGAUGGCGCUGUGUGAGCAGGUGCACGUGUACGAGUACAUCCCCUCCAUGAGGCAGACGGACCUGUGCCACUACCACGAGCGCUACUACGACGCUGCCUGUACACUGGGUGCCUACCAUCCCCUGCUCUUUGAGAAGAGCCUGAUCCAGCGAAUCAACACGGGCCCAGAGAGCGACCUCCGGAGGAAGGGACGCGUCACUCUUCCAGGCUUCAGCACCGUCAACUGUGACAUCUGAUGGAUGAAACCUGACUCUCUGAGCCCCGAACGCACACACAGACACACACAUGCACACACACUCUGGCCUUUUCUGGCUGAUAAAGGGAGAGGUGCAAUAAAGCCACUGCAGACAAGGAGGCUGAAGCUGACAAGUUUAAAUUAGACCACUGAAGAGCAUAAGCCAUAGCCCUCCGGGGAGGGAUCGACAUGAAGGUUUCUGCAAGACCUCGUCUUCACCGAGACGGUUUACUUUGACCAGAGACUGGAAGGGAGAGCCUCCAAGAAGGGGCUGGAAAAAAGACCAUUUUUCUCUGCUUUAGCUGAGCCACGUUAGCUGUGGAGCUGACUAGGGUAGCAACAGAUCAAUGUUCUAGAUAGACAAGUGAAUUUUCCAUAAGUGGGUGUUUCAGUGGUGUACAGUCUGUGUUCUAGGUAGUAUGGGUGGUUCUCCACGUAGAGGAAAGGCCGCUGUUUAUAAUGGGGUUGUUUCUUUUCUUUUUUACUGGUCUGAAGGUUGUGAGUGAACAGAGAAGUCAUCCACGCUGAAUGUCAAAAACCUCACACACUUUAACACACACGAAGCAGCAAGAAUGCACAAAAAGAAACGGAAAAGCAGUCAGAUUACUGUACAUAUCCUCCUGUGAAAUCGGUUCGUUUGUGUUCAUUUCUCACUACUGAUGCUGAAUUACUGUCCUGUGCAUGCUGACCGGCAGCCACCGGUUUGCCACUUUCUGUUCACCUUUUCCUUUUCGGGUGUAAGUGUGUGUUUAAAUCAAAGCAAAAUGGGGCCAAACAGGUGCUCAGAACAGCCGUAACCCUGUGCCUAGUGGUCGACUGAACACUUCCCUCGGGUUGCCUUGUGACUGUUGGAUUCAUACUGUGGCAGGACUGCAGUACCGUUCAGUUUGAUUGCCACGAGAUGUGGAGAGCAGUCGAUGUUUUCUGAAGCAACACGUAUCAGGGGAUUCUCAGCUCUGCCUCAGCAACCACCAGCCCCCUUCCCUUCUCUUCUUGUUUUUCUCGAUGGUCAGUUCUCUUUUAUUGAAUGUAACUUUACCACUGCGUAUUGUGGCCAAAUCCUUGCUGGUCUGCUUAUGUGCAGCUCCCUGCAGGGUUAUUUCUUGUUAUGUAAUAGCAUGAAGCGCAUUCCCUACAAUUACAAAUGUCUCAUAUUUCCAGACUCCUCUAAUAUUAGUCUGUUCCCCUCCAUAGCUCCAAGUGGAGACGAUUAUAAAAGAGGAAUUUGGAGCGGUAAUAUCCUCAGACUUGUGAUGUCUGCAGGUAGGAUGAUGUCUUUCUGUUUACAGUGAGCUGGUGUCACAUCUACUGCUAGCUCUGCAGGUCUUUAGGGCUGGCCCGAAUAGUGUUUUCUGGCCUCCGAAUAUUCGGGCCCUAUUAAAGACGAAAAUCUGAAUAUUCGUUCCGCCGUAACGUCCGAUGGGGGACGUUAAGGGGGGGGAGCGAUGGCGGCGGCUGCCGCUGCUUGUGGCCGAGACAGCCAGAAUAUUCAGAUCUGUUCGUCUGGUCUCCCAGGUCCAAACUUCUCCCUCAUUUAGUCUUUAGUUAAACUGAAGAAUUCCCAAACAGCAGAGGUCUUCAGCAUCUUGUCUUGUGUUUAUGCAACGAAGUGAAGCGUGACGUCAGAGUCGGCAGCCACCCGGCCAUUCAGGUGGUGGUAAGAAACAGGAAUGGAGGAGCAGAGAUGAGCCGAACACGACGAGAUGAGCCGAUGUGGGCCGAAGGCGAAGGGAAGAGACGAGGUCCAAAUACUUUUGUCUGGGGGGAGGAGGGGGUGAUCACAUAGACAUAUGUGUAUAUGUUUAUGUGAUCACAUGACGGGAUGAGCUGAUAUGAGCCGAUGUGGGCCGAAGGCGGAGGGAAGACAGUAACGCCGCAUAUUCGGAUACCAAAUUAAUAUCUGGAUUCCGCCGUAGCGAACGAAUAUUCGGAUAUUCGGGUCCAGCCCUACAGGUCUUAGUGCGGAAAGAAGAGUUGGUUGUGCUUUUUAAUUAGUUUUUUAUUUAGCUACGGACAUGCAGUCGGACAGAUUUUGCCUGUUAGAGAUUUUUAUUCCUAAAUGUGUUAUUCUACAAAAUGUGCUUGUGCCAUUGGUUGUGGUUUGGUGGAAGAUAUGAAAUCGUCACAGAAAUGUUGCUUUGAGUAGUUUGAUGUGAAGUUGUCGUAUAGUUGUGUGUGGAUGAUUCUGGGGCUCAACCAGGGCUGGGUAUUGAAGAACAUUGAUCAGGACUAGUUCAAAAACACACUGUUGUCUCCUAAAAAAUCUCUUUUUUAACUCAGACUUUAGCUAAUCCAUGAAAGACGUGAGCAUGUGUCCAUAUGGAAACACGUUUUCAGUACUCGUAUUUUAUAUUUCAGCAUUGAUAGAGUGUAAAUUGUGAUCUAGUAAAUUUUCUUGAAAUUAAACUGAGAAACUACUGUAUGCAUGUGCAGCGUGUCUUCUAGAUGAAAUGACUAAUUCAGUGAAUUACACUCAGAACAAAGGACUUCAUCACAUUGAUGCAAAAUUCUGUAAUCAAAUAUUGUCGUGAAAGCCUUUUUCCCACAUUGAGAUAUUGAUAAUGCAAUAAUGGACGGUGAUGUACCGCGUCUGCUUCAGUGGAGAUUUUAAAGAAUCGCUGUAAAACUGCUGAUAAAUGGUCUCUACUUAUAUUUACGGUUGUAUUUUGCAGCCUUGAUGCUUUGGACACAUUUUGCUCAGAAUACAAAAAGUUUGAUACCCAGCCCCAGUUAUUUAAAGAUUCAUACAGCAGAGGAUCCAGUGAAGUCAGCAGCUGUUAGAGGACUGGAACAGGUUUUUAACUGGACUACAGGAACAGAUUUCUAAAGCUUACGGAGAUUUCAGCGUUUAUUUUAAAUCAUGCAGGUUUUGGGCUCUGCUGUCGGUUUUUCUGUUCGUCCGUUGAGGUAAAGGAUGAAAUGUUUUAGUGCUUGUGAUUGUAGCACACUGAAGGUGCAAACAGCCCUGAACAUCCUGUACAUGUAUAUUUCUAAUAACUCUUCAAUGCACAGAGCAUGCAAACAGGAUCAGGGCUAAGUCUUAAACUGUCUGUGCCGUACUGUGCUGCAAGUAGACACCAUUGUCAUUAAUGUUGAGAGGAGAUUGUGCUCCAACAUUUUCUUUUCCUUAAGUGAUGUUCUGCAGAUUUUAAUGCAUGCUUGUGGAUCCCAUCCUGCUGCGGUGCAGCAAUCAGCAGUUCCCUGGAAGCACUUGACCGAGUGCAUCACUUCUGGCAUCUUCAUCUUUGCAUCUUAAUAUUGUGCCAAAUUAGAUUUUUAAUGAAACCUGAGUUGGGUGGGUUAGACAUGGGAGAGGACUCGGAGUGAUAGCGAGGUGUUAUUGCUUCUCUCUGGGAUGCCUGAGGUCAAGUUUAAUUGAAUUUUCUCUCCUCCACAGUUUUAAUGCCAGUAAUAGGAUGUUGAACUGAAGCUUGACAUUGACCCUCAUGUUUGGUGUCGGUGAAGUAACGAGAUGAGAAAACACCACCGCUUCUCCUCCCAGCCCGUUUUUCAUUUACUGUUGUGGGAGUAUCUGCACCACACUGCCUCUGAAGGAUUGUUAAAGAUUUGAACAAACAUUUUCUACAUUUCCCUUCUGCAGCUCUAAAAGGGGAAGGAAAAAACAAAGAAGCAUCCAUGUCUGAGCGUGAUACGAGUGAAGGUCCUGUUUCACUCCCAGCAGCCUUAGGGUGUUCUAGAUUUUUAUUUGUCAGUGAAUUCUCUUCUUCUACACUUGAAUUGAUAUUUAAAUAGACCAUUUGUAUGAUUUCUGUUGUUGUAAUUUGUCUUUUUUUACUGUGUAAAUAAAGCCGUUGUACAUGUCAAA